CAACAGCCCAGUUGCAGUUACGAACUGUGAAAACCUCCGCCUUGGCCUGCUCGUGGGUGGUGGUCGUGGUGGACCUCCUGGUGGUGGUGGUCGAUUGUCAUUCGUCAAAAUCUCUCUCUCUCUCUCUGGUCCUCUUGCUUUCUCUCUCUAGACGAAUCUGUAGAUAUACACACAGACGCAAUCAUGCAUUCGAUUCCAUACUUCGUCUGUUAAAAGCACUGCUAAUGUCAUCAUUGUUCAUGAUUUCAAGUUAGGAUUUUUUUUUUUUUCAAAAAUCGUCCAUCGACCUUUGGCUUUCCACUUGCUCGAACAAGUCUUCUCUUCUCAGCUGCUCGAUUGAAUCGAGAGAGAGAGAGAGAGAGAGAGGUUUCUUGGUUCACUAUCCGGCGUGAUGGAUUCCCCGAAGACGCCGGAGAACGGGGUGCGAGUGGCGGCGAGGUCGUCGGUGAUCGAAUCGUUCCGGGGCUGCGGGCUGACGGGGAUGCGAAUCGAUAAGGAGGAGCUAAGGCGGAGGCUGAUCAUGCCCAAGUACCUCCGCAUCGCUAUUCGGAACUCGAUCCGGUAUAAGGACCCGAACAGCGUUGAUGAGAAUCAGCCCGCGGACGAGAAUCCCGAGCAUCCCGAGGCCCCCAUGGUUGUUUUCAUCAACUCCCGCAGCGGCGGGAGGCACGGGCCUGAGCUCAAGCUCCGGCUUCACCAGCUGAUUGCUGAGGAACAGGUUUUUGAUCUACAAGACGUUAAGCCUCAGGAGUUUGUUUUAUAUGGGUUGGGUUGCCUCGAAAAGUUGGCUAGUCUAGGUGAUCAAUGUGCCAAGGAGAUCCGGGAGAAAAUAAGAGUUGUGGUUGCAGGUGGAGAUGGUACCGUUGGUUGGGUAUUAGGAUCUCUUGGAGAACUUCACAGACUGCACCGAGAACCAGUCCCUCCUGUGGGAGUCAUUCCUCUUGGUACAGGGAAUGACCUGGCUAGGAGUUUUGGCUGGGGUGGUUCUUUCCCCUUUGCUUGGAAAUCUGCUGUCAAAAGGACUCUUGACAGAGCAAGUACCGGUCAAGUGUGUCGUCUAGACAGUUGGGAUGCUAUGAUAUCCACGCCGAUGGGUGAAGAAAUUAAGUUACCUCAUUCUCUAAAGCCCAUUGAAGAUUGUGCUCUUCAUGAGGAUUUGGAAUUUGAAGGGCAAUUGCCCGAGAAAUCCAGUUGCUUUGGAGGAGUGUUUUACAAUUACUUCAGUAUAGGAAUGGAUGCACAGGUCGCUUAUGGCUUUCACCAUUUACGCGAUGAAAAGCCUUAUCUUGCUCAUGGUCCAAUUGCAAAUAAGCUGAUCUACUCCGGAUAUACAUGCAGCCAAGGGUGGUUUUUUACACCUUGCACGAGUGAUCCGAGUCUUAGGGGACUAAAGAACAUUCUAAGGAUGCACAUUAAGAAGGUCAACUGCACAGAAUGGGAGAAGGUUCCUGUGCCUUCCAGUGUCAGGGCCAUAGUGGCGCUGAAUCUUCAUAGCUACGCCAGUGGAAGGCAUCCAUGGGGUAAUUUGAAGCCAGAAUAUCUAGAGAAGAGAGGAUUUGUUGAGGCCCAUGUGGACGACGGUCUGCUUGAAAUAUUUGGCUUGAAGCAAGGAUGGCAUGCCUCAUUCGUCAUGGUUGAGUUGAUAUCCGCUAAGCACAUUGCCCAGGCUGCUGCUAUUCGGCUGGAAAUCAGGGGCGGGGAGUGGACCAACGCGUACAUGCAGAUGGAUGGAGAGCCCUGGAAACAGCCGCUGAGCAAGGAUUAUUCAACUUUCGUGGAAAUCAAGAGGGUGCCCUUCCACUCGCUAAUGAUCCAGGGAGAGUGAAACACAUAGGAUAUUGCGGAUUUGGAUCCGCGGAAUUGGUGGCCAGAUUUUAUUUAUUUAUAAUGGAUCAUGUACCAUAGCGAUAGCUUAGGUUUAGAACUUUAAUGUGAUUGCUGUAACUGUAUAUUCGGCGAUUUGUUGUACUAAUGUAAACCUUAGUUUAUUAUAAGUUUAGCAGCUCUUUUGUAGCAAAAAUCGAUUCACUGGUUGUAGCAGCU